AUUUUUCACGUUAAUAAUUCCAUCUAGUAUAGAUCGGUAAUUACAUAUAGCUAGUGUAAAUAAUGAUUACAUUGUUGUUAUGUUCUUGUCUCAACAGUGAAUGUUAGGGUAUCUCUUCGUGGUGAUGGUGGUCCUAAAAGUCUAGCAAUAAUAGAGGAAGUUACCAAGCCAAAAAAGCCAUGUAAGUAAUCAAGUUCAUAAUUAGCCUAAAUUUUUUUUGUAAAUGAGCUUAUUAACUUUGUCUAAUUACUUACCAUACAUGUAAUUAUCUUAUUUCAGAUUUUGAAAUAGAACAAGAGAAACAAAUUUGCAAUGUGACACAUCCAAGAGCUGAUCUCUGUGAGAUGAAUGGUGACAUAAGAAUUCAUGGAAAUUCAUAAACAGUAUUUUUUGUUUCAAGUGAUGAUGAAAAGAACAACACAUGGAACAUAAGACCAUAUGCAAGAAAAGGUGACAAUAGAGCAAUGGACAGUGUUACAAACUUAAUAGUCAAAAAAGUUCAUAUUUCUCAAGAAAUCCCAACUUGCACUAGAAAUUAUACUGUCCCUGCCAUAGUUUUUUCAACUAAAGGGUAUGCUGGAAAUCACUUCCAUGAUUUCACUGAUGUGUUGAUUCCAUUAUUCCAAACGUCGCGACGUUUCAAUGGUGAAGUACAAUUUCUGAUUACUAACCAUAUGUCCUGGUGGAUCGACAAGUUCAAACCAUUGCUACAAAGAUUGACAAAGUAUGAGAUUGUUGAUAUUGACAAGAAAAAAGAAGUCCUUUGUUUCCCAAGUAUGACAAUUGGCUUAAAAGCCAAUAAAGAAUUCAGCAUCAACACUUCAGAAUCUUCAUACUCCAUGAUGGACUUCACAAAAUUCUUGAAAAACACUUAUUCCUUGAAGAGAAAAUUUGCGGUGAGACUGAAAAAGAAUAAGCCCCGGCUUCUUAUCAUUUCAAGAAGCAAAACAAGGCGUUUUAUAAACAUACAAGAGCUUGUCACAAUGGCUAGCAGCUUGGGAUUCCAAGUAGUUUUGGAAGAAACAAGUGAAAAUUUGGCUAAUGUUGCGAAAAAAGUGAACUCAUUUGAUGUACUAAUGGGAGUGCAUGGUGCUGGAUUGACUAAUAUGGUUUUUUUGCCAGAAAAUGCAGCUGUUGUACAGAUUGUGGGAUUGGGAAUGGAAUGGAUAUCUAAAGUGGAUUUUGAAAUUCCAGCAAUGGACAUGAACUUGAAGUAUUUGGAUAACAAGAUUAGUGUAAAUGAGAGUUCUUUAAUUCAAAAAUAUCCACUUGAACAUCAGGUUUUAAGGGAUCCACCUGCUAAUGUUAUUACUCCUGAAGAGUGGGUUUCAUAUAGCAAGAUUUAUUUAGAUCAGCAAGAUGUAAAUAUUGAUGUAAAUAGAUUUAGAGGAACUCUCUUGAAAGCAUUAGAGCUUUUGAGGAGUUGAGUUUUUGUUUUUUUUGGUAUUGUCUAUACAAGAAAGGCCUAAAAUAGGAUUAAACUUCAUUCAGUAUAUUCUUGAUUCACUUUCCUUCGAUGUUUUCUUUCUUUGGUUAA